GAGGAGGGCGGCGGCCGGUGCCCGGCGGGCGUGGCCGGGAGGUCCGGCGGCGGGGAUGGUGACGCAGCUGGGGCGGCCGGAGCUGCUGCACGUCCUCUCCUUCCUGGAGGCGCGAGGCCUGCUGCGCGCCGCGCAGGUGAGCCAGGUGUGGAAUGAGGUUUCAAGGACCAAGGAACUGUGGAGCUCCACAGUCCUUGGGAGUCAUGGCAUGGGUUCCCUCCUCACGCGAGGCACCAGGAGUUGGAGACCACAGGGUACAGAGAUCUGGUCCAGCCCUGUGCAGCCUGCUCCUCUGGUGAAUUUGGUAACCUAUCCUCAGCGGCAGCUGGUUGUCACUGUGGACACCCAGGGAUUGAUCAAAGUGUGGAAUGCAGAGACUGGGUGUGAGUGUGCCUCCUUCUCCUUACGGACCUGCUCUUCUGUGAUGGAGACCUGUGACCAUCCACAGGGUCUCUUCCUGCUGGCGGCCUGUGCGGAAGGAAACCUCUAUGCACUGAUGAUGCCUCAGCUGCAGGUGGUCUCCAAAGUGACUGUCUUUCCCCACUCCUCUGUGAAUCUGUCACCUGAUCAACUGUGGGUGUUUGCAUCUGCACAGGACUCAGACCUGGGCCCAAAGGUGCUCAGUCCUUGCUGGAGCCGUUGGAAGAUGAGCCUCCUAUCUGCACCACCCUCCCGGCCAGGCUGAUUGUGAUGCACAGAAAUGACAAUGGCACGCAGCUGGUUGUCACUACCUUUGAGUUAAAGGCUGAGAAGUUCAGAGCUAGAACGAACAUUCUGGGUAAGGGCCCCUGUGCUGACCAGUCUGCAGGCUACCACCAUUGCAGUACUGGCCUCCAGGGUAGGUUUCUUACAUUUCCUUUGGGACAAUUUUUCUUCCCUCUCGGGGGAACCUAGUGGCGUAGUGACCAAGCAAAAGGUUUGUUGUGAUUUUUAUGCACUGGUUGAGUGAUGGAGCAUUUGCUACAUGUUGGACACCUUGUAUGGCCCUGGGAUUCCGACAGUAAAUGCGCCUGUCCCCACGGUGUCCCCUCCUAACUCAUCUUCCUGCUUCCAUUCAUUCCUUUUUCUGACUGUGUCAAAAGGCCCUGUUCUCAGCAGUGAUGCAGACAAACAUGAGUAAAUGCUGGAACUCUCUUUUCCUCAAGGAAUUCUUAGUCUGAUAGCAAAACAGAUCCAGAGCCCUCCCCACUGUCUCCCCUAUUUCUUAAACCCCACAGUACUCUGACAGGCCUUCCCUAUGGUCCUUAGCAUUUUUUCCUUUGCCUUAUGCUCAUUUGUUUUCAUGUCAUUUGACUAUAAAUUCUACUUUGAGCUUCCUGGCAGCUAAGGAAAAAAGGGAAAUGGGAAUGUGUAAUAUACCCCUCGUCUGAUACAAGAAAACACACAAAUUCUUCACAAGAAGUAAUUUUUUCUCCUGGUAUAAAGAAGUGCUAUUCAGUAUAAAGGACAGUAUCUUCAACAAUAAUUUUUAGCAGAUAUGUCAUAAUGCUUAUAUGGCCAUUUCUUACACCAGCCGCCUUAGAUGGGAAAGGGAAGAAGGCAGGGAAACCCCCGUCCCAUGAAUGGCUCUAUGCACCAGAUACUAUUCCAGUCCCUUCACAAGCAUAAUGCAUUGAGUCUUUACAACUCCUUGUGUAUCUCACUAUAUUGUUGCUGAUGAAUUAGGACUUGGAGUGAGUGCGGAGGUUAGGGGUGAGCUGUAUGUUUAUACCAGACAAGCAAUCUGUGUGCUUUCAUUCCUCAAAGUUUCCCCUUACCGGACGCCAUGAUGCCUCCUCAUCUCAUGAAGGGCCCCGGCUCUCAGCUGAUCCUAUUGGCCUCUGGGUCAGAGCUGCUGCUAUUUACCAUACAUGGCCUGCAGCUGGCAGCCUUCCAAGACCACCAGCAGCCCAUCACAUCCCUGUGGGUGGUGAGUGCAGCACCCUCUUCCCGUGGCAUGCUCUCUGCCCUCAGGAGUCCACAUCCAUGCCUCACUUGACUUCAUUUCAAGGACCCAACCUGAGUCAUCACCUCUUCCUUGGACCUUUCCUUGCGCAUCUAUGUGUGGAAUAAGGAGAAUAAACUCCCGGUCCUCAAGAGCUGCUAUCACUUGCUUGGGGGAUCCCACAGAUGGGCCAGGUAAUUGGCUGUUUUCCUUCACUUUGCCUGUAAAAUGGCAAAGCAGUGUUUUUGUUUGCUUGUUAUAUUUUGAAACAAGGUCUUACUGUAUUGCUCAGGUUGGUCUUGAACUCCUGUGCUCAAGAGAUCUUCCUGCCUUGUUCUUCUGAGUAGGAGUAGCUGGGACUACAGGUGCAUGCACUGAAUCUGCCUCAAAGCAGUUUCUUGUAGGACAUCUUGGAAAAGGACAUGUAGGACUUAGAAUCAUAAUCCCAGCCUUUCCCUUACUAACUGGGUCUUGAGGCAGCCACUACUCACAGUCUGUCUCCUGUCCUGUUCAAAACCAGAUUUCUAGCUGUAGCUGUGCAGUGUAUGCGUUACUCCCUCUAACGUACAAAGCCAUCACACACACUUGGCAUCACCCAUGCUGACAGGUGAAACAGAAGCUGAGAGAUGUGGGGAUUUUGUCUAAAGUCCCACAGAUUAUUGAAGCACUAUUCACCAUAGCCCAGUUAUGGGAACAGCCAAGAUGCCCCACUACUGACGAAUGGAUCAAGAU